AUGGGUUCCGAAUACGGUAACACGGCUGAGACCAAGCCGCAAAUCGAUCUCGGCCCAGUUACUAUCUGGUGGGCUGUAUGGGCUUGUGUAUGGACAUCUGCCCUCGUGGCCGGUAUGGCCUAUCUGAUUGUCCAUCGCAACAUGCCCACCUUGAGGAUUAGAGGCCUCGCACUGUCAUUAACGUCUAUCGUUGUCCUUCAUUUAUACUGGGUGCCGACCCAAUUCGGAACUAUGCUCGGCCCUGUCUUGCCGGGAGAUUGUGGCUAUUGGCUUAUGGGGACUUUGUUGCCCUGUGGCAUGGCCCUUUUCCAUGGCUCUAACACUCGUUUCCAACAUGUCGCUAAACAGCAGCGGAAAUUUGCUCUGGAUGGCCACCGUCUGGUGGAGUCUACGCCUAUGGAGCAGAAGGAUGGGUUGCUCAAUCGUUUCAAGCAACUCAGAUAUACUACUAAGAUUCUGAUUUAUGUUGCUAUUGCAAUGUUCGCUCAGGUCUUCCUCACAAUCCUCAUGUGGUUGAUCUCCCGCAAAUACCACGACUCAUGGGGUAUUCCUGGCACCGAAGUCACCGGUACCCCGGCAGAGAGACUCGCAAAACAGGGUGCAGGAUGGGAAUGGUGGCCCGGUGUAGUCUCGCAGUUCUUCUGGUCCUGGAUCGUUGCCCCCAUCGUUCUCUGGAAGUCCCGCAAGAUCCACGACACCCACGGCUGGCGCGUCCAGACCAUCGGCUGCGCGGUUUCCAGUCUCCACGCUACCCCCAUGUGGCUCAUCGGUCUCUAUGUCCCCGCCAUGGCCCCAGUCAAUGCCGUCUGGGUGCCUCCUCAAUGGAUCUGCCUCUCCAUCAUGAUCAUUGAAAUCUUCACCGUCUUCCUCCCCUGCUGGGAAGUAAUGCGUCACCAAUCCCUCCGUCAAGAAACCCUCGAAUCCAUCGCCCGCUGGGAACAAAAGGUCAAAUCCACCGGCUCGGAAGCCAAAUCCGUCAACUCCGACGCAACAGUCGUCGCCUCCCUCAUGUCCGGCUGGAAAUCCAACUCCUCCAGCAGUACCAUCAACUCCCGCGACAGCAUCCUCACCAUGGGCGCCCUCGAGCACGUCCUCGAGCGCAACCCCGCCCCACUGCAAGAAUUCUCCGCCCUGCGCGAAUUCUCCGGCGAAAACAUCGUCUUCCUCACCAGCGUCGCCGAAUGGCGCGCCCACCUCCCCGCAGCAAUGAAAGACCCCGCAGCCCGAACCGAUAAGAAGAACCGCGACGUCAUCCGCCAGCACUUCAAUCGCGCCCUGCACAUCUACGCCGAGUUCAUCAGUACCCGCCAAGCCGAAUUCCCCGUCAACAUCUCGCAUCAGGAUCUCCGCAAGCUGGAAGAAGUCUUUGAGAAGCCUACGCGUCUUUUGUACGGCGAGGAGCGCGAAUGCGAUCCCACUAGUCCCUUUGACAAGUUUACUUUCGAUCUGCCUUCUCCUGCUUCUACGGACUCAGAGAAGACGAUGCAGGCUUCUAUGGCGGGCGAUAUCAAGGACCGCGUGCAGUACUGGGGUGAUAUCCCCGAGGAGUUCAAUGCUACGGUCUUUGAUGCUGCCGAGGCUAGUAUUAAGUACCUUGUGCUGACGAACACUUGGCCUAAGUUCAUUAAGGAUCGUCGGACUUCGGUUGAUUCCUUUGAAGCUCUCAAGCUUGAGGUUUAG